AUGAGUUUCUGCGGAUAUCCUGCGGAUGUAUAUGUGCUUGAAGAGUCUGGAUAUUCUACGUUUGAGAGGUACCGCAUAUUACGUCCGAUACGUUUAGUAACGGUGGAGGCGUUCUCGUGUUGCUAUACUCCGACCGUGGUAGGGGAGUUCGGUAUCCAAUUAUCAACCCAUACUUGUGUGCUAACGCCGUUGCCAAUGGAGAGAGAGCUGAAUGAAGAUGGUGUGGAUUUGCAGACAAGGAAACCAAUUAGGAGAAAUCUCUUCGGCGGAGAAGGAGAGUCGAAUGACGAAGAAGCUCAGACGUGGGUCCAUAAGGAGCGGGCUGUGACUGGAGAGGAAGAAAUCUUUGGAAAGCGACCAACGGUGAGUGAGACGGACGAAUCCUCUAACGAUGGGCCGAUGAAGAAGAGGGACAACAUUGCUCGGCAGCACGCUAUCGCCUCUCAAUUAUGUGAACCAUCGAAAGCAAUGGCUCCGACGGCGUCGGUAGCGGUAGCGAAUCCCCAAAAAUCUGUUGACGACGAGAGGCGGCCAACGGCGGAGAAAAUCUCGGAGAAGGACAAAUGGGAAGCCUAUAUUAGGGCUGCUCAUGUUGGGCCCGAACCGGUGUUGGGCCUAGGAGAUAUAAUUUAUCCUUUUAAGGGCCUCUUUGAUGAAUCAGGCCCACUAGUGAAAGCACCAAGAGAGGGUGAUUUGGGCCCUAAGAGAGUUCGACAAAGAGACAGGCCCAAAACUGGAAAAAGCCCAAAAACAUACUUGGUGUGCCCGUCGUCUUCGGUGAUGGCUCUUCUCGCGAGGAAAAAUUCAAAGAAAAUACAAGACUCGCUGGUUGGGGAGAAACCACUGGCAAUCGCUUAA